CGCUAAGAGUUCAAACGUGCGUCGGGCGCUCGGAACAGUAGACGAUCGAGAGAAUCGCAACGCGUGGGUAGACGAGGGCGAGUGCAGUGUGCAGUGCGUGCGGGUCUUGUGUCGCUGAAAGCUCGCGCCGCGAAGCCUCCGAGAGCGGCGGCAUCGGGCGAGCGCCCGCUUCGCGUCAGUGCCGGCCCGGCCGUGCCGAAAGCACCACGCUCCGGCAACGAUACGAUCUAACUGUUACCUGCUGGACACUGAUUUAUACCUGCCGGCCGUCUAGUGUACGCGAAUAUAUUUACUGUCAAAGACUGAGGACGGGGUCAGAUGGAUCGGCGGCGCGCGGCGGGGGCGCUGCUAGCGCUGGCCGCGUGCAUCGCGUGCUCGGCUGCGGCUCCUACAGCAAGCAAUCAGACAGCUUUAGAUUUGUAUGAAAAUGCUCCAGAAGGUUGUUUCUACAACUUCCAACAUUAUGGCGAAGGAGACCGUAUUAUGACUAACGAACCAUGCCUAAAUUGUACCUGUCACAACCGAAUGCUGAUGUGCUACCUCAGGGUUUGUCCAUUCACCAAAGCCAUUGGUCAGGACUGCACUGUUGAAAAACGAGAUGAUCAGUGUUGUCCUAUUGUCACAUGCCCUGAUGUUCCAGUUGACCUACUCACAUCUACGUCAACAACGUCUCCAGCUGAAUAUGGAGCAACUGGAAUCGGCAAACAGGAUAAAUACGGUUGCAGUAUCAACGGAAGAUAUUUCCCCGAAGGAUCUAAAGUACCUCCGACCCCGAACAAACCAUGCGAACAUUGCUACUGUAUUCGAAAUAUGACGACUUGCGUUAUGCAAGAAUGUACUCUACAUGUAGAUGGAUGUACGCCUAUCUACCAUAAAGACGUCUGCUGUCCGAUUCGUUAUUCUUGUGAUCACGAAGAUGAGGUGCCGCUUUUGGACGACAUGACGACUACUGUGCGACCAACGCCUGGAUUUUUACUUACAACUACAACUAUAUCACCAGUAACACAGAUGACACAGGAUUGUGUUCACGAUGGUCAAAUAUUUUCGGAUGGCGCCUUAAUCAAAACUGAUAAAGCCUGUCAACAUUGUUAUUGCAUGAAGGGAGACAUGGUUUGUGUCGUACAAGAAUGUGGUGAUCCUAUGGAAAACGAAGGCAAAAACUGUAAAUCUCUAAAGACUCAUGAAGAUCAAUGCUGUCCAGAUACAUACAUUUGUGAAGGCGAUGAACUGACUUCUGAUGUACCAACCGAACCAGUCACAGAUUCAAUGAUAGAAACACUAACAACUCUGUCGCCUCCAAGAAGAACUAAUGUUGAAGGCAGUGGCUACAGAAAUGAACCCGAUGAAGCACCUUACACAGAAAUGACUACCGCCACUGAAUUAGAAGGAAGCGGGGAAGAACCAGAACCAGAAACUUCUAAGCCUCUUGGUCCUAAGGACAUUAUAACAACUCCAGGAGAUGAGGACCAAUACCUUUACAGCUCAACAAAGGCUCCUGCCAUGGAAGAACACGAUAAGACAACACCAGAAAUCAAUAAAAACAUCAUUCCGGAUGAAGCAGAAAAGAUCGACAAACUUCAUGGCUACGAACCGACGACAAGCGCUCCUGUGAGUGAAGAGGUAGAAACUACUAGCAAAGUAAUGGAAGAAGAAAUUUCUAAACCAUCAACAAAGGUGCCUGAAAUACAAGAAAGUACAACUGAUUUAGGUGAAGAACAAAAUACUGUACCUGAUGUAAUUCCCGAAGAAGAAAUCGGUAAACCACAUGACCACAUUGUAAGCACAACAAAUGUACCAGUUACAAGUGAUAGUGAAAAAGAACCUACAAAGGCCAGUACCUUGGAUGAAACACUGAAAGAAACUUCUACGCAAUCAGAGACAGACUCUGAAAAAGAACACACUGAAAGUGAUAUUACAAGAACGACUCCAACUUUAACAGCAGAAACUGAAAGCCCAAUCCAAGAAGAAAAAGAAAGCUCUAAACCAGAUGACGUGACAUCUGUUACCACAAGUAGCCCUGAAAAAGAAGAGAAGGAAAGUUCGAAACCUGACGAAUAUGUUCCUGGAACCACAAGUAGCUCAGUUGAAGAAAAGAAAGAAGGUUCGAAACCUGAUGAAUAUAUUCCUGGAACAACGAGCAGCCCCGUUGAUGAGGAGAAAGAAAGUUCUAAGCCUGACGAAUAUGUUCCAGGCACUACGAGCAGCCCAGUUGAAGGAGAGAAAGAAGUAUCUAAGCCUGACGAUGUAGUAUCUGGCACUACAGGAAGCCCAGCUGAAGAAGAGAAAGAAAUUUCUAAACCUGACGAGUAUGCUCCUGUCACGACAAGUAGUCCUGCUGAAGAAGAAAAGGAAAGUUCUAAACCAGACGAAUAUGUUCCUGGCACUACAAGUGGCCCAGUAGAAGAAGAGAAAGAAAGUUCGAAACCUGACGAAUAUGUUCCUGGCACUACAAGCAGUCCAGUUGAAGAAGAGAAAGAAAGUUCUAAACCCGAUGAGUAUGUUCCUGGUACAACAAGCAGUCCAGCGGAAGAGGAGAAAGAAAGUUCGAAACCUGAUGAAGUAGUAUCUGGCACUACAGAAAGCUCGAUUGAUGAAGAAAAAGAAAAUUCUAAACCAGACGAGAAGGUUCCUGGCACUACAAGUAGCCCAGUUGAGGAAGACAAAGAAAGUUCUAAACCUGAUGAAUAUGUUCCUGGCACUACAAGCAGCCCAGUUGAAGAAGAGAAAGAAAGUUCUAAACCUGACGAGUAUGUUCCUGGUACAACAAGCAGUCCGGCGGGAGAAGAGAAAGAAAGUUCGAAACCCGAUGAAGUAGUAUCUGAUACUACAAGCAGUCCAGCUGAAGAAGAAAAAGAAAGUUCUAAACCAGACGACAAGGUUCUUGGCACUACAAGUAGCCCAGUUGAAGAAGAACAAGAAAGUUCUAAACCUGACGAAUAUGUUCCUGGUACAACAAGCAGCCCAACUGAAGAAGAGAAAGAAAGUUCUAAACCUGAUGAAUAUGUACCUGGCACUACAAGCAGUCCAGCUGAAGAAGAAAAAGAAAGUUCUAAGCCCGAACAAUUAACUACACGUAGUCCUUUGGAGGAAAAACAAACAACUGAACCGGAUCAUGGUGAAAAUACCGUUGUCAUUGCAGACGAACACCUUUCUUCUACCACACUCGCGGUGCCUUCCGUUGAAGAAGAACCAACUACCAAACCUACUGUAGAACAAGAAACAGACAAAACAACCAUGGAAGACGUGGUGACUCCACACGAACAGUUCGCUACAGAAUCGAUAACAAAAGAUUCGGAAACUACUGUAGAACCCGACCGAGGAAUGAACACUAUUCCUGAAGACAUUCAUGAAGACGCAACCAUAGUACCAGAACAUCCACAAACAGUAGAUAUAAAACCUACGACAGUUUCUGAAAUUACAACAGGUCAUAUGGAUAGUUUGAUUACUAAAGGUGAUCAAUCCACUGUCACAACUGAACCAUCAUUUAGAAAGGAAGACGAGAUUGUUUCAACAGAAAAAUCUAAAGAAAUUGGAUCAACUACAAUCAAACCUGAGUUUGUCGAUGAAGGACUCAUUCCGACUUCGGCACAUGACGAGAAAACUGUUACAAGUUCUGAUCUUCCAACUAUAGAAGAUGAGUUUACCACAUCGGUUCCAGAAUACGUAACAGAAAUAGUAGAAACUUCGGAACCUAAACAAACAACAACGGAGCCAACCAGAGUAACAUCGUUGAUAACUGAAAUGUUGCCCGAGAAAACAUCUGAACAAGAUAGUGCCGCAACAUCUACUACAGAAAAGUCAUCAGAAAUCACCGUAGGUAUUGAAGAUACCCAUGAAGAACCUAGUCGCAUACCAGGUGAAGGCGAUUGUCUUCAAAAUGGCGUAACAUAUAGAAACAAUUCUGUCGUACCUAGUUUAGAUAAUUGCCGUACAAAUUGCCGAUGCGCUAGCAGUAUCAUCACGUGUGAUAAGAUAAUUUGCAGUCAACCACCAGACUUCAUGCACAACUGCAAAUCUAUAUUCGAGGAUAAUUCUUGCUGUCCCACAUAUGUUUGUGAUCAUCCAGGAGAAACUGUACCACCGCAGUCAGACAACCAAAUGUCAGGAACAGAAUCUCCUAUGCCUUCUCCAACCAUUGAGUGCCGUGGUGACCAAUGUGAACUUAGUGAACCAACAAAACAACAUGGUUCAACAGAACCUUGUACUUCUGGAAAUUGCAUUAAUGAGGACGAUAAUAAAACCGCAGUUGAAUGUGGAUCAGAAGGUUGCAAAGAUGUUGUACAUAAACCUGAUGUAUCACCAUCUGAGGAGUGUCCCGGUGGUAACUGCAAAUCAGAAGACUGUGCUAACGGAAAAUGUGAGUUGCCACAAACUGAUGAGCAAGUAUCUCAACAAGCAUGUAAACCAGGAGAAGAGUGCAAAGAGGUACCUAGCGUUGUUACACCUUGCGAAGGAGAAUUAUGUAACAAAAUUGAUUGUGGUCCUGAUGGUUGUGGUCAAAGCAAUAUCCCACCUCAGCCUGAACAACAACCCGAAUUAUGCAAUGAAGAAGAGGGUUGCAAACCUCAAGAUAUUCCUACUUCUGACUGUACUGGAGAUGAACCGUGCAGAAGGAAAGAAAUUUCAGGUAGUGAAGAAAAACCACCAAGUGCUUGUGAAGGUCCUAACUGCAUCAUUGAAAAGGAGACUACAGUUGCUGAAGCUACUGACUUGAGCACUGAAUCACCUAAGACCGAAAAAUCGCCAACCGAAGAAAUUGUAUUGCCAGACACAACAGAAAAGACAAGCGAAGAUAAUGAAAAAGAAGAACCUGUCAAUGAAUAUGAAUCUACUAAGAAACCAACAUCAGAAGAAGAAAUGUCUGCUGAAAUACCGGCUUCCACUGAAAAGACCCAACUACCCACUACUGAUGAAGAUAACACAGAAAAGCCAUACGACAAAACUGAAGACCAAGGCGUAGACAGCACAAGCAGACCUACCGUAACAGAUGAACUUGAAAAUAAACCUGAUGUUACUGAAAGAGCAGACACAGAAUCAUCCACCACUGUUAGUGAAGCAGACACAGAGAAAUCAGUCAUCAUUGACGAAGCAAGCACAAAACAACCCGCUAUUGAUGAAGAUAAGGAAACAGUUGUAGAUGAAGAAAGUACUGAUAUGCCACCUAUUGUAAAUGUAGAAACCGAAAAACCAUCACUGAUCGACGACAAAGAUAAACCAAUUGAUACAGAAAAGGAUACAACAGAGGCAUCUGUAACUACAGAAAAAAUCAUUGCGGGAGACGAUGAAGGAAAAGUUAAACCCUCUGACGAUGAAGAUAAGGACAAACAAAGUGAGAUUGAUAUCAGAGAGAGAGAACCUGAACUUGAUGAUAAAGAAACUACAAAUAAACCAGAAGCUGAAACAAUGGCUGCCGAAACCCCAGUUGUUACAAUGCAAGAAACCACUACAAAGGUAGCUGUAACAAGUGAAGAAGACAAAGAAAUAACAAAGACACCCAUUGAUCUUGGUGAAAAAGAUGUUGAAACAUCUACUUCGAUUGACAAAGAUGGUUCAGACAAAGAACUCACAGAAAAACCAGGAUUGGAAGAAGAAAAGAAACCCCAUCCAGAUUUAACAGAUAAGACACCUUUAGAAGAAGAUAAAAAAGAAACAGUUCCAGUUGAAUAUGAAAGCACAGAAAAAACAGUUACCGAUUCGGUCGUUUCUAGUGAAAGCCCAUCAACCCCAGUACAGUCCGAAGAAGAAAAGGGCACAGAAAGUCCUACUACGGAUGUAGAGAAACCUAGUUAUGUGGAUGAAGGCAAUGAUAAGCCUGUAUUAAACGAAAAAGAAGACGAGAAGAAACCUAUGGAUAAAGAAACCACAGAACUUCCGAUAAUCGAUGUAACUUCAGAAAAACCGGUUGAAGGUGAUGAAGAAAACAAAGAAAAACCAAUUACCGAUGAUACUGAUAAAAAAUCUACAGACGAGGCUGAAGAACAAACAAUAAAUCCAUUCAGUGACGGUGAAAGUACCGCAAUACCUGACUUUACGGAAAAAGAAAGUACAGAUAAACCAGUCAUUAUUGAUGAAGGAACAGAAGAACCAGUUGUUAUUGAAAAAGAUACAACCAAACCUGAUAUUGUUGAACAAGAAGAAACAAAGAAACCGGUCUUUGAGGAAGGUAAAGAUAAACCAGAUGUUACCGAGAAAUCUAUAGAAGAUCUACCCGUAUCUGAAACCUACACAACAAAGACACCUGAAAUAAUUGAUGGAGAAAGCCAAGUAAAACCAGGAGAUGAAGAUGAUAUUGAAAAACCAAUUCCAGUCGGCGAAAAAGAAAAACCUGUUGGAGAUAAGGAAGCUGAAAAAGAAAAACCUGUCAUUAUUGAUGAGGACAUUACAGAUAAACCCAGUAUCGUUGACGUGAAGGUAACUGAUAAACCAACAAUUCACGAAGAAGAAGGAUCUGGUUCGGAAGGUCCCGAAAUCACGCCUGCCACAGAGGUUGAAAAGGAAGAGAAAUUACCUGAAACAUCGGAUCAACCAACUGAGACAGCAGUGGUUGAAAUAGAAAAAAUAACAAUGGCACCCAUUUAUGAGUCACAAUCAACAACUACAGAACAAUAUCCCGAAAAAAUAGAUGAAAGCACAUCUUCUGAAACUCCUAUCCAACAAGUAUCAGAUUCUGAAGAAAAUAAAGAAACAGAUGUUAAAGAAACCUCAAAGAUGCCUGAAACCACAACAGAAUCUCGUUUGGAACAGGAACAAACUACUAGGUCACCAGUGUCCGUGCACGAAACAGAAACGACUGUUCAACAACAAGAACAAGAUUCUAGCAGCGCAGUAACACAAGACUUAAGCAGUGAAUCAUUAAGUACGAAAGCUCCAGAGUUAGAUGAAUCAUCAAAGCCUAUUGGUGAAGAAGAGGAUAUAUCCACGGAUUCGCCGGACAUCGAAACCCCAUCGACUAAGCUUCCAGAAACUGGGCCAGUAAUUAUUGAACCACAAGAAGGUUUUAAGACUGAAUCACCAGAACUACAAGUUACUGGUAAACCAACCGACGAAAGUGCAACUACAGUUUAUAAAAAGGAUGAGGAGAAACUAACUCCCGAAUCACAUGUAACUGAAACCUCUGCCUUACCUGAAAUUGACACUUCUGAUAAAGAUCACCAUGUCACUGUUGAAACAACCCCUGACGACGAAAGUAAAACUCAGCGUCCUGAUUUGACUAGUUCUGAGAAGGAAGAAAUGGUCACAGAACCUGUUACUGAACCAGUUAGAAGGUUUACUGAAAUCGAGGACCCAUCAGUCACUGGACAUGGAGAUUUGACAACUGAGUACCCUGAAGAAUCAACGGGACAUCUUUUACCUUCAGUUACUGAUAAACUAGAAGAAACUGAUGUUGGUAUGACAAGCUCCGAGAAACCUCUUAUAAUAGAUACAGAAACAGAAGAAUCUGAGAUGCCUAUUACAAAUACACCUGAACACACGCAAGAAUCAGAAAAAGAAAAAACAACAACAAGUGAAUUUGAAUUACCUACGACAGAAAAGACUCAUAUUACAGAUGCUCAAGAAAUUUCUCAUAUACCUGAGGAUGGUACUAGCUUUGAACAGAAGACCACAGCUACCCCUGAUCUAUCCGAGCACGAACAUAAAGACACAACUUCAUUUGAAUCAGAAACUACUCAACAUCCAACUGAAGAAGUAAGCAAAUCUUCUGAAUAUGUGACAGAGUCUUACGUUACAGAAGUUCAAGAAACAAGCACAAAGUUGGACGAGAACGAAGUUGUACACACAAAGCCUGGUGAAGAAAUUGAGCACGAAACUAAAGUACCAGAGCCAAUGCCCACAUAUGAUGUGGACAAGAAGGAACCAUCAGUUACAGAAAUAGAAAAACAACCCACUGAACAACCAUUAACAGAAAUAAAUGUUCAAACCGAAAUGCCUAGCGCGCAAGUCACAAGUGAAGUUCCACAAUCACUUGUUACUGAACAAAAAGAAACAAUUAACGAACAAAUGACUGUAUCAAGCGUGCCGAAAGAAGAAACAACACAAAAACCAGAGUUAAUGACUACACAGAACGAAGAAAUUUCUAAAGUUCCAGACGUACAUGGAGAACAUGAUGUUCGUACAGAGGUACCAGUACACAUAACUGAAUCUGUAGAAGCAAGCGCAAUACCAACUGAUCAGGAAACUGAAACAGAAAAGCAAUAUACUGAAACUACAUUGCAAGAAUUACCAACUGUAACUGAAAAGGUUGAACAAAGCGAAGUUACUAAGAUAACCGAACAUACAUCAGCUCAAACUGAACAUUCGGAAACGACACCAUACUUAAUUGAAUUAGAAGAACACACACACAAGAUGGUAGACGACACAACAACGGUAUUACCUUUCGAUGAAGAGCAUUCUUAUAAACCUGUGGAAGACAUUUCAAUGCCGACACCAUCCGAAGAUGACAAACCAGUAGAAGAACCCUCAAAAACAACGCCCGCCGAGGAGGAUAUCCCUAUUAAAUCUGAAGGUGUUUCAACACCAUCGAUAGAAGAAGAACACUCUUUGAAACCUGAUGAAGACGUUACAACGUCAUUACCUACUCAAGAAGAACACUCUUAUAAACCCGAACAAGAAGCAUCUACAUCUUCGCCUUCCGUAGACGAACAUUCUUACAAACCUGUAGAAGAAGGCUCAACAUUACCAGCUACCGAUGAAGAGCACUCUGAUAAGCCUGUAGAAGAUGUGACCACGCCUUCACCUUCCGAUGAGGAACACUCCUAUAAGCCAGUAGAAGAAACUUCAUCAGUCUCACCCUCUGAUGAAGACUUUACUUCAAAGAUUCAAGAGCACAUCACUACAGCAUUACCUUCCGAAGUGAAACUUACAACAGAGCACCAAGAGAGUAGCCAAGAGCCUGAAGUCACUGAGUUACCCACUAAGGUGACGGAUGAAGUAGAAACCCACACUAAGUCCAGUGAAGUACCUCAGGAUGUUUCUGAAAAGGUAACAGAAUCAGCACCUGCUGAAGAAACUACACAAGCUGCGGCUAAAGACGAAGAUAAAUACGAUGCUGAUCACAAAGAAUCUACGACAUCGGCCCCUGUUGAAGUUAGUGAAGAAACUAGUUCACCUACAGUUGCCACAGAGUCCGAAAAAUUACCCUCCUCAGAAUCAGAUAUCACAGUACCAACUGAAAAAGAAAUCGUUACUAGCGAAAAACCAUCUCCGCCGAUUGUAUCCCAGGAAACCACGAAACCAGAAGAAGAAGUUGUAUUCUCAACUACAAAAGCCACAACUGUGCGCGAAGGAGAUGAAUUUGAUGAUAAGAUUGAGAAACCUGAUGAAAAGCCUAUUGAUCUUCCAUCAAGUACUACAACCGAAGCUUCUAAACCAAGUAUGCCCGACUUACAAUCUACAGAUGAAUUACCAAGUCCAGGUGAAGACGAUCAUUUCCCACCCGGAACUGGUCCUGGAGGAUACGGUGAACCUGAUUACGUCGAAGAGGAUCAAGCUUUCGGACCAGGAACUUGUCGUUACGGAGGCAAAGUAUACGUGUCAGCGCAACAGAUACCAAGAGAUGACCCAUGUGAUUUCUGUUUCUGCUUCCGAAGUGACAUCAUCUGUUUACAACAAAGUUGUCCACCUCCCAUUCACGGAUGUCAUGAAGAGCCCAUUCAAGGUUUCUGUUGUCCUCGAUAUGAAUGUCCCGUAUCCAUGGCAACCACAGUCAACGUUACAACAACUACUACUACGACAACAACAACACUGCCUCCUCAUUUCCCCACCCACUCGUACAAGGGGGCGGCACAGAGAAGAGGCUGUCAAAUAAAAGGACACACGUACAAAGUAGGAGAGGUAGUGCGCUCAUCAUCAGGACCAUGUUUACACUGCACAUGUGGAGGAGACGGUCAGAUGAAAUGCGAUCCUAAAGCGUGCACACCAGAGCCAAUGUUAAGACAAAUGAUAGCUGCAGCUGUAUCCGCGAAGCGGCGAAGAUGAAGAUCUUCGACAGCGUCGGCAACUGUCUCGCACACGCCAUCACUGGGAUGAAGCACCUAUGUGAUAAAUAAUUUCAUCUACUCUUCUAAGCACAAGAAUAAUGCUCAACUCAAAUUAUCCCCAUGGAGUAGUUUAAGAUUUCGUGUCAUAUGUAGUAAUCUAUGUUAUUGAUUUUUUUACUUUUCCAUAAAUGUCGUGGCACGCGCAACUCAAUUAUUAAGGAAAUAACCGAUCAUGACUGUGAUUAAAAUAUUAUAAAUUUUAAUAUUAAUUUCUGAAACUAAAAUUUUAUGAAUUUUGAGUCUUCAUUUUAGGGCUAAUUUAUUUUAUUAUUUAUCUUUUCUAACAAAAGUCAGUGCCAAACGAUAGUGCUAAGUUGUAAACGACUAGGCCUUUAUGAUAAAAGUUCAAAAUUAUCAAAUGUCACUCAUAAAUUAAAAUUCAUAUUGACCAAAGCGAAGCUAAUUAUAUACUCUCAAUAAAAUAUAUUUCGACCAAGAUCAAGCUUCAAAGGUCAUUUAGAUCGCCGAAAUCUUGACCAUUUUAAAUGUAAACUUAAUUGUUUUACCGAUUUAAGCUUAGUCAAUUUCUUUGUUUUUACACGAUGUUACAGAAACCGGUCUAGUAUCGUGUAAAUAUGAAGUUAUCUUAAGGAUCCCUGAUGUUGUAAAUGCCUUACUUAAUUUGUAAUAAUUUAUAUAUUUUAGGUGUAUAGUACUUAAGCCAUGUUUUGAGACCAGUGACUAUUAUAAUUUUAGAAGUAAAAAGGCCGUUUACUAUAAUGAGAAAAGCACCGGUCGACGUGUUAUCCUUGGCCGGUGCUUUUCCUUCUUUCACGUCUUACAGAAAGUGACUGUCCUUGUUUUCUUUAAUUCGUGGAAGACGCGUGAUUUUUACUAGCACUUGCUCAGUGAUAGUGGCCAAUAUUUUAAUCGUUUUGUAAAAACUUUACAAUAUGAUUACACGAGAAGCAUAUUGUAGGAUCUUUUGUAACUUUUGAUAUUAAAGUGCUGGUAGGUUUAUAAAUAAAGCAGAUCGAGAUGGGUACGAAAGUUCAGUAGACUGUUGCGACCGCCCGGCACCCAGGUGGUGCAGGCGUCAGCUCGCAUUAAUUCGUACCAACCUUCGUCUGUGCGCAAGUUGUAGUUAUAUUUCUUCUUAUUUAUUUAAAGUCGUAGCAAUAGAAGUAUUGGUCAAAAAAUUAUUGUGAAUUGAAUAUUUCACCAUUUUUUAAAGAAAUACAUUCAAUCGCAACAAAGUAUUUCAAUAAAUCAUAUUAUUAUUUGUUUAUGAUAUUUUACCAAGACUAGCGAAGAUCUAGCUGUCUGUACAACUGUGCGAAUGAGUUUUGAAUAAAAUAUUUCAAAUGAAAA